AUGACUUCUCUAACUAUUGCUGACCACGAUAUCCCUGAUUGCUCCAGCAAGACUGUCGUUAUCACGGUUCCGGGUCGGAUGGGUCGCCGGUCGAAUCUUCCAGACGCACAGGGCGUUGGUCUAUCUCCUGGACUGACAUGCUCCUCACGAGAAGCUGUCAAAGAAUACCGCAUAUAUCUCCUGCGAUAUCACGCAUUGGAAGUCCAUCACGGCCUUCGCGGCACGCUGAAUGUCAUCAAGGUCGCACUUAGCAUGAUGCGACGCACCAAGACGGCGGAGAGCAUUAUGAUCACUUCCAGCGCGACGGCUUACUCCCCUGAGCAUUCGUUACCGAUAUACAGUGCUUCCAAGCUCGGGUUGAUCGGAUUGGUGCGCGCGUUACGCAGUACGCUUCCUCUGGACAACAUCACUAUCAACGCCGUCGCCCCCGCGACAACCAUCACGGGCCUUCUGCCCCCGCACCUCGCGGCGCCCAUCAUCGCAGCGGGGCUGCCGACCAGCUCGUCGGAGUUCGUGGGGGCUAGCGAUCGCCCACUCGGCCACUGCGCAGCAGGCUCGUCAGGUGGAGUUAUAUGGGAAGGAUCCCGGGAGCUCGGUAGAGGCGUGUCCUGGCCGGUGGAACGGACGAGUCAUUUUGACAUUGGAUACAUCAUCGGCGACGUUUUUGGAAAAGGCGAACAGGACGUUUUACGUGAAGAUGAGGCCGGAGGCGCGAUUACUGUGGACGGAGACACGAACGGGUUCACUUUGCCCAUGACUGUUACGCCCUUGGUCCUCAGCAUGUUCUUUAUUUCGCUGGAGAAUGCCAUCAUCGCCUCCCCAUCAAUGCUGACCGACACAGACAUCGUCACGACAGCCGUUCCCAUGAUGGAGAACAAGUUCGGAGACAUCGAACUCAAGGGGUGGUAUGCAUCUGCGCUCCUAAUUAACCUUGGUGGCUUCGAGCUCCCUUGGGGAACGUGUACAAAUUCUCUUUGCUGA